UAUUCCAUUCGACCCUUCAACGAUUAUGAUCUAACAACUGAUCCAUACGAGUCGCGCUGCCGCCGCCGCUUCAACCGUCGUUUAUCUUCACUACGCAUCUUCGUGGAGCACGCUUUUGGGUGUCUCAAAGGGCGAUUCCCGAUACUGAGGUCGAUGUCGUGUCACGAUGUAGACGAAGUAUACAAGAUUCUUGAGUCUCUGAUGGUCAUUCACAACAUCUUGGAGCGCUUUCAAGAUGAUCCUGCUGAUAUCGAGGACUUCGAUGACGAGGAGGAUGAGGGUGUAGCUGAAGUACGAGGGGAGGCACCGGCACACCUAGGUGGUGAAAACUUAGAUGGUGAUUUGAGCAACGAUGAACUUUAUGCUACAGGAUUGCUUCGGCGGAAGUGGCUCUUGAACCUUAUGCGAUCGGAACUAUGA